GGUUUUCACACACAUACACGCACGCACGCGCACACCUACUCACACGUACACAACAAGUACACGGCAAGUACACGGCCAGUACACGACAGGUACGGGAGUACGUCAUCAUCAUGACUUUAGUGCUUCCCCUCGGACUCAAGCAAGAGGACGGUUGCCCUUGACCUUUCACCCCUCACCAGCGGAGCGGCCACCUGUCCGUCAAGCUUAGGUGCGGAGUGAUUUCACCAUGGCAACCGCUUCCGCCUUACCUGGAAGAGGUCUGGGUCUGGUGCUGGUGGAGUUCCAGUACGAGUACCAAGGUCGCGACGGUUCCAUCGUGUCCAUCAAGCCCAACGAGCGCUACAUCCUGCUGGCGAAGACCAACGCUCACUGGUGGCAGGUGCGGCGAGACCACGUAUCCAAGCCCUUCUACGUCCCCGCCAAGUAUGUCAAGGAGUUACCGCCCGACGUUCCCUCCCUUCUGAAUUUUGCACACAUUCCCCUCAUGGAGACACCGGCCGCUCCCGUGCCUGCCCCGGUCCCCGUCCCAGUCCCCGUCCCUAAAGCUGCCGAGGAGCCCGCCGUCUCCAGGGGCAAAGCUGGCGACGAAGUGACCAUCCGGUUGAAACCGGACAGCGCCGCCGGCUACCGCAAAACGGAAAACCGCAUGUCUACGUUCGGCGUCCCGCUGGAGUUCAUGGAUCUGCCGCCGCCCCUCUCCGGGACUUCUCGGCACUCUGAUCCUGACGUCGCCGACGAGACCGAUGGCGUUCCCACCAAACACAUUCCCGAGGGACAAAGAGAGUUGGACAAAGCUCGGCUUCCCGAGCCGCCCGCCGCCCGAUCUCACGCUCUGCCCAUCCCGGUGGAAACGCCCACUGUACCCGAGACGCACUCCCACAGAGAGGAACAUGGCGAGGAGGAGGAAAUCCAAGAAGAAGAAGAGGAGGAGGAAGUCAUCGAGGCCACCGAGGACAGCGAGCCUGACAGCGACGAGGAGAAGGAGAAGUCCAAAAAGGAAGAGGAGGAGUCGUCCAAUCACAUCUACGAGUCCAUCCAGGACCUCCAUCUGGACAUACCGAUUGAACACCUGAGCCCGACUCCGUCGUCUAACGAGGUGUCUGACCCAGCCGCUAAGCUGCCACAACUGCCAGACCCGGCCCCCUCCAGUACUGGCCACACCCCUUCCUCUUCGGUCACCUCCCCCCGGAUGGCAAGCCCCUCCUCCCUCAGCCCUCAGCAUGGAUGGCAGACGCACACGGACCGAGAGAGCGGCAAGGUUUUUUACUUCCACCCCCUCACGCGACAAAGCACCUGGACACAACCGUGCACUCCCCCGCCGUCCCCCCCAGUCUCGCUGUCCUCGACACCCUCCCAGGGCGGCUCGGAGAUUUGGGAGCAGCUGAUGGACCCCAUUUCGGGGAGGAACUACUACUACAACCCCGCCUCUGGCGCCACCUCCUGGAACGUGCCCCACGCCACCCUCAGCUCAUCAUCUGACAUCACCUCGCCAGAUGAUGGACCGCCACCACUGCCAGAAGAAGACUAUCCCGUGGACGCACGCAACGACAAUGACGCAGUAUUCACCGUGCAACACGCGAUUCCCAGAGCGCGCAGGGAGUUCCCGGAUGGUGUCCGAACGGCCAACGGCGCGCCCGAUCAGCGCCUGGCGUGGCGACACAGCGUGGCCGAGGACACCUUCGCUUCACGAAACUGGAGGAACGUCGCCGACUCGGCGGAGUUCAGGAGGGACUCGCCCAAUGGGCCGCAGCUCUGUGAUAGGAUGAUACUGAGGAGGAAUCUGUCCAGUCGCAGCACAGACUCCCAGCAGGGACAUCUGCUGGAGAAGGCGGGAAUCGUUAACAAGACCAAAGUAGUCGAUAACGGCAAGAAGAUAAGGAAGAACUGGAGCCAAUCGUGGACCGUCCUGCACGGCGGCAUCCUCACCUUCCACAGGGACCCAAAGUCCGCUCCCAGUAGCAACAUGUCCAAGGCGUCGCAGAUUGUUCCCGAGUACACGGUGGAGCUGAGAGGCGCCUCGGUGUGCUGGGCCCCCAAAGACAAAUCGUCCAAAAAGAAUGUGCUGGAGCUGAAGACUCGGCAAGGGUGCGAGUACCUGAUGCAGUACGACACGGAGAGCAUCAUCGCAGACUGGCUCAAAGUCAUACAGGACACCGUCAGACAGCUGGAACAGGAACGCACAUCGGACGACGAUGACGAAGCCGCUUCGGACAAAGAAGACAAAGACAAGAAGCGCUCCGAACCCGACAGAAGUUCAUCGGGCGCAGACGCAGAGCAGACGCGGGUUCGCACCAAACUCAGACGCUUUCUCCAGAGGCGGCCUACGCUACAGAGUGUCAAGGAGAAAGGAUACAUACGAGACAACGUGUUUGGUUGCCAUCUUGACACACUCUGUCAUAGGGAAAACACCACCAUUCCCAAAUUUGUGGAGAAGUGCAUUAAAGCUGUGGAGAGGAGAGGUCUGGACGUGGACGGCAUCUACCGCGUGAGUGGAAACUUGGCCGUCAUCCAGAGGCUGCGACACAAAGCCGACCAUGAGGAGCAUCUGGACUUGGAGGACGGCCGUUGGGAGGACGUUCACGUACUGACUGGCGCACUCAAACUCUUCUUCCGGGAACUUCCUGAGCCGCUCUUCCCAUUCAGCUUCUUUGACAAGUUCAUCGCCGCCAUCCAACUACCCGAAUAUGACUUACGCGUGUCCUACAUGAAAGACUUGGUGCGCUCGCUACCUCUUCCCAACCACGACACCAUGGAGCUCCUCUUCCGACACCUGCACAGGGUGGUGGAUCACAAAGACUCCAACCGGAUGUCGGUCCAGAGCGUGGCCAUCGUCUUCGGACCCACGCUGCUGCGCCCGCAGUGCGAGUCGGCCAAUAUGACCGUCCACAUGGUCUUCCAGAGCCAGAUUGUGGAGCUCGUGCUCAACGAAUUCCAGGCCGUCUUCGAGCACAGGUAGCCGCUGCACUCUUGGAGACACGGUCAAGUCCUUCCGGAAGAUCUACACCUGCUGAGAAAAUCUGCGAGAGGAGAUGGGAAGAACUCAGAUGACGUCAGCCGAUAAAAUGAGCUGACAUUUUAACUCGUUGGUUUUCAUUGAUGGACCAGAAUUGCUUUAAAAAGUGAACUGUUUUUACAUAGACCACACAGUAACAUUCACUAAGGAAACCCAUCAUCAACCUUCCUAUUGUUCUAACGGCUUUUACAUUGUUUCAUAAUUGAUCUCAUUGGCUGCCAUUGACGGCGAUAGACGUCCCGAUCCGAUCCGUUCGUUCGUUUGCCCUGAAGGAAAAAAAGUUGAUAUUUUUUUCUUUUUGCAGAUUCUUUUAUUCUGUUAACAAACAGGAGAUGACGACACACAAAUCAGAAUGCGGAAGUUCAGAAUUUUUAACAUUAGGCUUAAUCUUCGAGCGAGCGUUUAAUUAGUCGGUGGAGUUGAUUUCAACAAAUUCUGUGUAGUUUGUAAGUUAUUUGUUAGUGUCAGGGCUCCGGAGUGACUAAGCUAGCACGAGUCAGGAGGGCCGACUUAGCAUACCCAUAAAAAACAACAUAUGCGCACAUGAAAAUCAUCGAUGACCCAUGCAAUUAACUGUUGGCUAUGUAUUCAGGAUAAAUUUAUUAAAACUAGGGUUGUUCCAAUAAUGUUGUUUUGCUCCCGAUCCGAUCCCGAUCGUUAUAGUUUGAGUAUCUGCCGAUCCCGAUAUUUCCCGAUCCGAUUGCUUUUUUUUGCUCCCGAUUCAAUUCCAAUCAUUCCCGAUAAUUUUUCCCGAUCAUAUUAAUUUUGGCAAUGCAUUAAGAAAAAAAAAGAAUAAAACUCGGACAAAUAUAUACAUUCAACAUACAGUACAUAAGUACUGUAUUUGUUUAUUAUGACAAUAAAUCCUCAAGAUGGCAUUUACAUUAUUUUAACAUUCUUUCUGUGAGAGGGAUCCACGGAUAGAAAGACUUGUGACUUUGUAUAUUGUGACUAAAUAUUGCCAUCUAGUGUAUUUGUUGAGCUUUCAGUAAAUGAUACUGUAGUCAUGCCCAAAUGCAUGAUGGGAAGUGGAACCAUGACUGUGCGUAGUGCUACCAAUUGAUAUAUCUUCUCUGCGUUGGGAAAUAACAAGGUGUUAAGAAAAAGAUCAAUUGCUACCUUGCUUCCCCACAUUGCUUCCCAUGAUAUUUCUAAUUGUAGGGAGAGGGAUUGUAAGGCUUUAGCCAAUUUAAAAAAAGGCUUCAAAGGCUGCCAAAAUUCACUCCACUCAUUUUACACUGUCUUUUAUCUCUCUAUAUAGGUAAAACGGCGCCAUUACAGAUUGAGCAUGACAAUGUAUGAGUGGGUCGUGCAACGCAUGUAUUAAUUGCGUUAAAUAUUUUAACGUGAUACAUUUUUUAAAAAAUUAAUCACCGCCAUUAUUGGGAUAAAUUUGAUAACCCUACAUUAAGCCUAAACUAAAGACUCUGGAUGAGUGUAACAUAUUAUGUCUGUAACGUUAAAUACAAUUAGAAAACGAUUUAAUUAAAAAAUAUGUAUAUAUAUUUUUUUAAAAAAGGCAUGGCCGAUAUUUUUUUGCCGAUUCCGAUACUUUGAAAAUGAUGUGAUCAGACCCGAUCGAUCGGCAUCGAUCGGGACAUCUCUAAUUAAAACUUAAUACUGCAAAUAUUGCGAAGCAAUUUUAUCAGCAACAUUUGUAAUCCAGAAGCAGGGCGGAGUGAUAUCACAUCGUUUUUUUUCACCGCUGAUUUUUUUGUUGUAGCCAGCAGCAAGUAACCAGUUUAUAUUGUUCCUUGUUCUGCAUAGGGAAUUUGUGGAAACUUUCAUUUGCCCAUUUCUUCUGUCUGUUUCCUCAGCCUAUAAAUGCACAUUUCACUAUGUUUCCGGCUGUCAGUUAACUCAGCAGACUGAUGCUGCAUUCCAGGAAGGUGGGAAGUCACGAAUCUGGAAAAAUAUCUUUGGAAUGCCGCCACUAUGUGAUCGCUUACGAGAAGGCAGAUUUGCUGGAGGUCAAAAUGUCUUUUGUUGACCAAAAUAAAAAACAACUUGUCGCGAUCAGCCAUCUUAGCUGUUUACAUUCGCUUGGAACGCUUUGAGGUCGCAACUUGUACCCUCCAAGCGGGAUGAAUCUGACUUCCCACCUUCCUCGAAUGCAGCGUGAGCAGAGUAGCCGAAGCGCUCCUCUCUAUUGUGUUUGUAUUACACAUCUAAAAAAAUAACCCUGCAGAAUUAAGGAACAAUGAUCUGCAAUAUGAAUUUAUUUGACUGUGUUUAAUCUGUUUGUGGAUCAGUCUCGUUUUUUAUUGGCAUGCUAAGUUGGCCCAUUCACUCACGCUAGCUUAGCCACUCCGAUGCCCUGAAACUAACAAAUAACUUACAAACAGCAGGGAAUUUGUUGAAAUCAACUCCACCGACUACCAUAUUGGCCCGAAUAUAAGACGGCCCUGAUUAUAAGACUCAAGUUUAAAAAAAGACUUUUUGAACACCAAAUUAAGUUUUUUAUACAGAAAAUAAUUACAGUACAUCCGAAACAAAUGAUCAUAAUAAUAUGUUUGAGAGAAAAAGCAUGUUAUUUUGCCUCAUUCAAAUCAAUAUCUGAACAUUUAAAUAUGUAAACUAAAGUGCAAUCACAUUCGUAAAUGAAUGGCUUCUGGUUUUUGAAAUGUAAAUAAACCAAUUUAUCGUGAUAAAACAACAAAAUUGCAAUAACGGCAUUAAGCAUCGAAGUGAAGUCUAACUAACUCUAGUCUUGAUACAAAUCUGAAUAAGGAAAAACAUUGCAAUAAUAUAAUGAGAGUAGCUGAGAUCUAUCAUGACAGAACAUCGCUUCAAUAAUAUCUGGCGACAACUAGCGUCUUGAAUGGGGAGAGUAGUUGAGAUAUGUCUUGACAGAACAUCGCUUCAAUGAUAUCUGGCGCCAUCUGGCGUCGUGAAUGGGUAUACUGUCUAGACCGCAAAUAUAAGAAGACCCCCUCUUUUUCAGCCUUAUUCCAAUGCAAAAAACACCGCCUUAUAUUCGGGCCAAUACAGUAAUAAAAAACACAAAAACCUCCACUAACUAAUUAAACUCCCGCCAACUCAAAGAUUAAGCCUAAUGUCAAAAACUCUGAACUUCCGCUUUAAACUCAAUACAGUUUAUAUUUGCUGUCUACACAAACAGUGGAAAAAAACAGUCCGCAACCUAGUGCCAGACCCUACCUAGACAAAAACAAUGAAAGAAGAAGUCCUUGUACGCAAGCAGUACUGCAGAUAAACACAGUUAUCAGACCAAAGAAUGAUUAUGUGCAAUGCUGUGAAAUGAACCGAUAUAUGGCAGAAAACACAGACAAGGCUGAAAAAGCAGUUUCUGCUCUUGCACCCCUCUUUAAAAUAAACUGCUGUAUUUUAGCCAAAAGAACAGUUGUGUUUGAUAGAACAAUAUGUCUUUUUGCUGCCAUAGCAGAUUCAUGGCGCAAUAAGCCCCUGAACUAUUUUUAAUUAGUCCGUUUUACCCUUGAAACCCUCAUUUACAGAAGUCUCGCAACCGCUUUUGUUUCAACCCAGCCAUAAAAAGGUGAAUAAUUAUACUUAUUAUUCAAAAUGUCUGUCAUUUUUAGCUUAGAAUCAUUAAUGUCUAAUAUUUAGUUGUUUUUUUUUUUAAAUGUCUUUAAAAAAGUAUUCACUCGCAUAUUUGAAACUUUUAAACAAUUAUGUCACAAUGAAAAAAUUGGCGUCUGUAAAUAAGUCAUGGAUAUCUACCUCAUAACUAUCGCUUAAUUGUAUUUUUUUGUUACUUUCGCAUUUUCCCCAAUAUUUUAGACAAUAAAUAAUCGAUCCAAACAAAGAAAAAAUGAAAAUAAAGGUUUAAAAGGGUAAAUAUAUAAAAAAGAUCAUCUCAACCUUGAUGUCUGCGAUUUCGGCAUCACGACCCUUGUUAUAUUACCAUGUUUCACCCAUAAAUUCCCCCAAAAAUCCGGCUCUGGCCAUUCACCACUGUGUCUUGACACUCGGUGAUACAUGGUGUUUUUGGAUCGAAAAGAGGUAAGUACAUGAUAAUAUCUCGUUUAAAUCGUGGCGUCUUUAAUUCUGCUCUCGCGUGCUCUCACAUCCAGUUAGGGCUUUGCUGUUUAAAAAGUUUUUUUUUUUCUAAAAAGCCCUCCUGUUCAAAAUUUUUCUUCCCCAGAAAAUUGAGAUUUUAGCUUUCCAAUGAUGUAUCACACAUUCAUCUAGGACAAUUUUGAAAUUUGGCCAAAUUGAGCGGAACUUCAAGUCACCUGAGUGUUUUCCGCCAUAUGUUCAAGUAAAUGGAAAUAUAUAUUUACCGCCCCUCCCAGUCAAAAUGGAUCGGACGUCUAUCGAUGUCAAUGGCUCUAAAACAUAAUUGUUCAAUGACAGCCAGGUUCAAAUAAAUUUUACGUCUGUCGCUCUCAACGACAAUGAAUGAGUUAAUUGUGAAACGUUCGCAACUAUCCCUGUGCUGGAUUUCUUGCUAAGUCGAGGGCGUAGGUUUGGUCUCAACUUCGGUAGGGACGAUAUUAUCGUAAUGCACAUAAUGCAAACAAUGAUCCCAAUACGGGACAACUAGCUUGACUUCAUUGUUCCUUGCCCGGUUAGCAAGUUUAAUGUUAUGCUAACUGUUGCAGAUCGGACUUUCAGUAGCAAAAUUAGUGGUGUUUCCCCCACCUCCACCACAUUGACGUCUUUUUACAUGACUUAUAGUGGCUGCUGCUGGCCCCCCCCCCAAAAAAAACCUUCUAAUAUCCCCCCUCUCCAAAGCACGUGGUAUGUUGUCGACAUGAAUCUGUCGAGGUUGUGUGAGUAUGUCAGACCUGUGUGUGUGUGGGUUUUUUUGUGGCGGGACGGGGGGCUUCAACCAAACGUUCGUUGGAGGAGGGAAAAAAUGGACCAGCACAUUCAGCAAGUGAAAAGGGAUGAAUGUAAGUCUGAACAUAAUGAAAAUAAUUCACUUAAUAAUGGUAAUUAUUCUAUCCUUGCAACAUACAGGGGGGCAAAUAAGUAUUUAGUCAACCACUAAUUGUGCAAGUUCUCCCACUUGAAAA